AUGCACCAGGGCAAUGAGAGUCUGCCCCGGGACUUCCUCCUGCUGGGCUUCCCCGGGUCCCAGGCCCUACAGCUCUCUCUCUUUGUGCUGUUCCUGCUGAUGUACCUCCUCACAGUGGGUGGAAAUGCAGCCAUCCUGCUGCUGGUGAGCAGCUCCCCGAAGCUCCACACUCCCAUGUACUUCUUCCUGAGCAACCUCUCCUUCCUAGAGAUCUGGUACACCACAGCUGCGGUCCCCAAAGCCCUGGCAGUCCUGCUGGGGAGGAGCCGGGCAAUAUCAUUUGAGGGCUGUCUCUUGCAGAUGUACCUGGUUUUCUCCUUGGGCUGCACGGAGUAUUUCCUGCUGGCAGCCAUGGCCUAUGACCGCUACCUCGCCAUCUGCUACCCUCUGCACUACAGGGCCAUCAUGAGCAGCCUGCUGUCUGUGCAGCUGGCUCUGGGCUCCUGGGUCUCUGGUUUCCUGGCCAUUGCAGUGCCCACAGCCCUCAUCAGCAGCCUGUCCUUCUGCGGCCCUCAUGCCAUCAACCACUUCUUCUGUGACAUCGCACCCUGGAUCGCCCUAGCCUGCAGCAGCACCCAGGCCGUGGAGCUUGUGGCCUUUGUGAUUGCUUUUGUGGUCAUCCUGAGCUCGUGCCUCAUCACCCUGGUGUCCUACGUCUACAUCAUCAGCACCAUCCUCAGGAUCCCGUCUGCCAGCGGCCGCAGCAGAGCCUUCUCCACCUGCUCCUCCCACCUCACCGUGGUGCUCAUCUGGUACGGAUCCACCAUCUUCCUCCACGUCCGCACCUCCAUCACAGAUGCCCUGGAUCUGACCAAAGCGGUCCACGUCCUCAACACAGUGGUGACCCCGGUCCUGAACCCUUUCAUCUACACACUCCGUAACAAGGAAGUGAGAGAGAGCCUGCUGAGGAAGUGGAGGGGGAAAUAG